CAUCAGCAAUACACAGCAAAGCAUAACACAACUUGAAACCAACACAAUGCGCACAACACCAGAACCAUCUUUUCCGCCAGAAGAUGUCAGGGGCCAAGAAAUAUCGAUAUCACAAACCGCCUCCCUAAACCUCCGCAUCCAUCUCUCAAUGCCAUCGCCAUCCAUUUCACCAUCACUUCCCACCAAACCAUACCGCGCAACCCAGCGCGCAGACGGCGUCGUGAUAGAACGACCUCGCUACAACCCUCCUCCUACUCCUUCCGCCGCGCAGGGAGAUAUCUCCACGCCAUGUGUAGUUCAAAAACCAAAGACAAAGGCGACGACGUUUGUGUUCGAGCCUAAGCCGGUGGUAUUUGAGCUCGCGGCUGGAAAACAGGUGGAAUUCAAAGGGACAUACAGAGAGUAUAGGAAGGGGAAUUUGAUACGCAGGAAGGCGGAGAAGAGGGAGAGGAAGGAAAGGGGGUUGGUGGAGAAGGUAUGGAGGGAGCAAAUGGCAGUAGUUGAGGAGGUGGGGAAGGAGGGUGCGGAUUGAGAGAUUGAUGGAAUAUUGGAUUUCAAUGACCUAAAGAUGGAAAAUGGGUAUCUGAGAUCGAUGGAGGAAGAAUUCAGU